UCCUCAACCUCCAUUCCAUUCGCCAUUCCCGUCCUCCUCUCCUCCUGUCGCCUCCAGAGCAACAGCAGCUCCAGCUCGAGCAAGAAACAAGUACUAGUUUGAUCUGUGAACAUGUUGGCCAUCUUCCAGAAGCAGGUGGCGCACGCGCCGCAGGAGCUCAACAGCCCGCGCGGCAGCACCGCCAAGCCCAAGAACCCCGACGAGAUCCUCCGCGACUUCCACGCCGCCCACCCCUCCGACGCCUUCUCCACCUCCUUCGGCGGCGGCGCCGCCCUCGCCUGCGUCGCCGCGCAGCCCCGCAACCUCGCCGCCGCCGGCUACCAGAGGAUGUUCUGCGGGCUGGACGACAUCUACUGCGUCUUCAUGGGCACGCUGGACAACCUGAGCGCGCUGAUGCGGCAGUACGGCCUCACCGGCCGCUCCACCAACGAGGCGCUGCUGGUGAUCGAGGCCUACCGCACCCUGCGCGACCGGGGCCCCUACCCGGCGGACCAGGUGGUGAAGGACCUGUCCGGCUCCUUCGCCUUCGUCGUCUUCGACAACCGCGGCAGGUCGGGGUCGGGGGCGGCGGUGUUCGCGGCGCAGAGCACGGACGGCGGGGUGCCGCUGCACUGGGGCGUGGCGGCGGACGGGUCGGUGGUGAUCUGCGACGACCGCGGCGUGGCCAAGGCCGGGUGCGGGCGGUCGUACGCGCCGUUCCCGCCCGGGUGCAUGUUCCACAGCGAGGGCGGGCUCAAGAGCUUCGAGCACCCCAUGAACCGGCUCAAGGCGUUCCCGCGCGUGGACAGCGAGGGCGUCAUGUGCGGCGCCAACUUCAAGGUCGACGCAUUCACCAAGAUCAACUCCAUGCCCCGCGUCGGCAGCGCCACCAACUGGGCCGCCACCUGGGACGACGCCGCCAUCUAGCUGGGCUGGUGUGCAUCACCUCGCCGGCGCCGCUCGCCUAGCUCGUCGGACUUCUGAAUUUGGGCUUACCGCAUUUUACUUACUUUUUUUCUUUGGCAAUGUACAUUCUGAUCUGAUCUGAUCUGAGCCGUGUGUGGGCGUGGGCGCGCUGACACGUACGGUCGUUUGCUUGUACGAUGGAGGAAUAAGACUUUGCUUCCAGUCCAA